GGUGAGGUUUGUCAUAGGUGCUAAUUCUACUAGGUUGGUGUUUCUGUGCGUGUUUUGGUCCCGGUGCUUCCCUGCCGGUGACGAUGGCGUUGCUGCCGGAAUUCGAUCCAGCGGACGUGGGCGCCGGCCGCGGCCUCAUCGACCGCCUCACCGCCGACGCCGCGGCGCUGCAGAGGGACGUCCUCACGGAGAUACUCAGGCGGAACUCCCACACCGAGUACCUCCGCGGCUUCCUGGAUCGCGUACCACCAGGCGCCUCAGCCGCCGACCUCCGCGAGGCCUUCAAGGAGCGCGUGCCCGUCUCCGAGUAUGAGGACAUCAAGCCGUACGUGCGCCGCAUCGCCUCCGGCGAGCCGUCCAGCAUCCUCUGCUCCGAGCCCAUCACCCACCUCCUCACAAGCUCCGGCACAUCCGGCGGGCAGCUGAAGCUCUUUCCAUCCACCGCGGAGAAGCUCGAUCAGAGGCUGUUCUACAAUGGCGUCCAGGCACUCUUGAGGAAGAUGCAUCUUCAUCCUGAUCAGGGGGACAGACGUGGCAAGGGGAUGUACCUCAUGUUCAUCUUCCCUGGAAGCCUGACCUCGUCCGGCCUGCCUAUCAUGGCAUCCAGCAGUGCCUACUACCACAGCAGCCAGUUCCGGGAGCACGACAUUGGCGGGUUCGGCAGGUGCACCAGCCCCAUCGAGGCGGUCCUCUGCCCAGAUGGCAGGCAGAGCAUGUACUGCCAGCUGCUCUGCGGCCUGCUUGACCGCGGAGUCGUCGACCAUGUCGGCGGCACCUUUGCUAACGCUUUCAUCAGAGGCAUCCAGUUCCUGGAAGACAACUGGGAGGAGAUGUGCUCCAACAUCCGCACUGGGCGUCUCAGCGACUGGAUAGCACAUGCUCCUCUGCGUGAUGCCGUGGCUGCGCGUCACCUGCGAGGACCUGACCCGGCACUGGCCGACGAGAUCGCAUCUGAGUGUGCCAGGAAGCCCUGGGAUGGGAUAGUCAGGAGGCUCUGGCCAGGAGCACGGUACAUCCUCGCCAUUGUCACCGGCUCGAUGUCGCAGUACAUUCCGGUUCUUGAGAGUUAUGGUGCUGGGCUGCCAUUGGUGUCGCCCAUGUAUGUGUGUACAGAGUGCGCCGCGGGGAUCAAUCUGAACCCUCUUGAUCUACCUUCUGCUGUGUCGUACGCAUUGCUUCCAAACAUUGCCUACUUCGAGUUUGCAGAGGUCACGCAUGGUGACGAUGAAAAGGUGCAAGCAAGUACUGGUUUGUAUGACAAUUUGGGCAAGUUGAAGCUUGUCGAUCUUGUGGAUGUCAAAAUUGGUCGGCGCUACGAGCUGGUUGUCACCACCUUUGCAGGUCUUUACAGAUACCGAGUGGGUGACCUUCUUACUGUGAGCGGAUUCUACAACGCAACGCCACUGUUCCGCUUCACUGGACGGUGUGGUGUCAUCUUAAAACUCGAGAGUAUAAGCGAGGAGGAUCUCCUGAAGGCCAUUUCACAAGCAUACGAGCUGCAUCUUAGGCCUCUUGGUUACAUGCUUGGUGGCAGCACUGCAUAUGCAGACAUAUCCACCUUGCCUGGCCACUACGUCCUGUUCUGGGAGCUAGCCACUGCAGAGGGUAACCAUGUCGCGACUGACAUCGAUCGAACUGUCAUGGAGAAUUGCUGUUUGGCCGUGGAGGAAUGCUUUGAUCAGAUGUACCGCGAAAGCAGGCGCCGAGGGUCGAUCACAGCACUCGAGAUAAGGGUACUUGAGCGCGGCGCAUUUGAUGCUCUCAUGGACUUGUUUCUGUCGAGAGGCACAUCGGCCAGUCAGUACAAGACUCCAACGGCUAUUCGAUCAGAACAAGCGCUGCUGGUGUUGGAGGAGAGGGUGUCAGGAAAGUACUUUAGCCAAGAGACUCCCAACGGCCCUUUGUAGUACGACUAUACGAGAGGAAAUGGCGCUGGUUAGUAGGUGUGCAGGACGUAUAUAGGAUUUACAUGGUGCCCCACUACCCAAGGAUUCUGCAAGGCUAAGCCUAGGAGGCAGGAAGGAGGCCAAGUCCUUGUUGGCAUGUUGCUGUGGGUCUGAACUUGAACACUUACAAUUUAACAUGCUUGUUAGUAGUAUGAUUCAGGUUGGAGAACUUACGCUUUGUUUCCACUUUA